AUGAGAGACUAUGUUAAAAUGCUUUUACAUCCCGAUCCCAACGUGCGUCCGGACCCGCAUGAACUCCUAAAGCUGUCAUACUUCCAAGACCCCGGCGUUUCUGCUCUUCAAAGUCUCGACGAGUUACGACAGCUGGACAACCUGGCCCGCUCCAGAUUCUACAAGAACCUUCGCGUAUCAAUCCGAAUCCUACCAAAGCGCAUCAACUUGCACCGCGUCUACUCCCAAUUGUCGGAGGAAUUUGCCAACCCCACUAUGGUUCCUUUUGUGCUGCCCCCAAUUUUGGAGAUAGUUGACAAAAUAGAUCGGGACGAAUUCACUACAUUCAUUUUGCCCUCAUUCCAGAAGGUGCUCUGUAUCAAAGAACCUGUUCAGGUAACGUAA